AUGGCUCAACCAACAACAACUACCUCUCAACCGAAGCCUGUGAUCAGGGUCGAACCAAACCCUAGAAGGCCCAAUCUAUACUUCAUAUCCACAGAUGCAGCGUGGAAUUCCUCAACAGGUAAUGCAGGAUUUGGUUGGAUCGUUGAUGAUCUGGCUUCGACAUCACAACAUGCAGCGAGUAUGACCUUCGUCUCCCCGCCCCUCAUGGCGGAAACCUUGGCUGUCCUCAAAGCCAUGACCUUUGCCCUCUCCAGUGGUCUCGAACACAUCUCAAUCCUUUCGGAUUCUCAGAUCCUCAUCAAGACAAUCAACAAAAGGGAGAUGAAGACCGAGAUCUUCGGAGCUAUUAGCGAUCUCUACUUUCUUUCAAACGCAUUCAAGUCUGUUUCUUUUCAUUUCAUCUCUCGAUCCGAAAAUGUUAGGGCCGAUGAAUUGGCAAAACAAGCCCUUUGGGCUUUGGACCAGCCUUAA